AUGAAGGCUCUUCGACGUUCGAUCAAAGGUGACAAGGACAAAGGAUCCGUCGCUCCCAAAUCGGCUGUCGCCAUUGUUCCUCCAAAGAAGGUCAUUCGAGCUCUUUACGAUUACGAGGCACGAUCGAGCCAAGAACUGAGCUUUUCGAGAGGCGACUUUUUCCACGUUAUUGGCCGCGAAAACGAUCAAGAUUGGUACGAAGCAUGUAACCCAGCUCUCCCUGACGCCCGGGGUCUCGUCCCUGUCACCUUCUUUCAAGCGCUUGGCCGAACCGAGAGAGAUAGCGCACAGUCCGACGGUGGCCAACUCCCCACUCCGACAAAGAACCCCGACCACGAUUCUGGAUACAGCGAAUCUCCAGCAAUGCAAACUGCGCCAGCCGUCAUGUCACCCACUACAGCCGUGCCUCAGCAAGGCCAUCAGCGUAAUUCGAAGUCGGUUGGAAAGUCGGGCGCCAUGGUCUACGGAAUUGUCAUGUACGACUUUGCUGCGGAGAGGGCAGACGAGUUGGAGGCUAAAGCUGGCGAGGCCAUCAUCGUCAUCGCACAAUCGAACCCCGAGUGGUUCGUGGCCAAGCCCAUCGGUCGAUUGGGUGGCCCAGGGCUCAUCCCCGUUUCCUUUGUCGAGAUUCGUGAUAUGGCAAGCGAUAAGGCAAUUGCAAACCCGGGUGACGCCAUAAAGCGUGCUGGUGUUCCAAAGGUGGAAGAAUGGAAGAAGAUGGCCGCGGAAUACAAGAACAGCAGCAUCACGCUGGGCAAGUUUGAGGGAGGCGGCCCUCAGCAACCUGGGCAGGGCAUUGAGCAAGGCAUGGAACGAAUGAGCAUUCAGCAGCAGCAUUCUCGACAACCUUCUCAGAAUGGAGCGCAGGCCGGAUACGCAUCUCAACCUCGAACAUCGCAACAACCUCAGCAAAAUCAUGUACAGAAGCCGGUCUCACAACUCAACGCACCGCUACAAGCGCGCAUACCGCGAUACUGCUUUGCAGAGGAUAAGUACUGGUUCGUGAUCGAAGCACUGCUAGAAGACGGACGACAGUGGGAGCUGUCUCGCUAUUACGAGGACUUUUACGACUUCCAGAUCGCUCUUUUGACCGAAUUUCCAGCUGAGGCCGGUAACACAGGGACACAGAAGCGUACACUGCCGUACAUGCCUGGACCAGUCAACUAUGUCACAGAUGCAAUCACCGAAGGACGCCUCCAUAACUUGGACGCGUACGUGAAGAACAUGCUGAACCAGCCCCAUUACAUUUCGAGGUGCAACCUGGUGAGACAGUUCUUUGCACCCCGCGAAGGAGAUUACGAGAUCGAUCCAAACGACAACGAAGAGGAGUACCGCCUGUCACAAGCAUCACAGCUGUCAUCGGCCGAGUCCCCAGCUGGUGGAUCACAGAACAAUUUGAACGGCAGCACAUAUGGCCUUUCAGCUGCACCAGCGCAUCAGAUGGGCCCAGGUUCCCCUGAUAUCCACAGACAACCAUCUUCUUUGUCACAACCCUCACAAACGUCUCUCGGUAACGGUAUGCAACCCCAGGCUCAACCAGCAUCAGCAAUGAAGAUCAAGAUGUAUUUCAACGGGGAUCUCAUUGCCAUCCGAGUACCAACAGACAUCUCAUUCCAAGCACUUUAUGAAAAGAUUUGUGAUCGUCUGAAGGUGCCGGCGGGUCAGGAGGUCCAACUGUUUUACAAGGACGAGCCCACUGGAGAUAAGCCAAGUAUGCUUAGUGACAACGACUUGGACUAUGCUCUGCAGCGGAACGAGAAGCUUCUGCUCUAUGUGGAGGCCGUGUGA